CUUCUUGUUUGGAUGGAUUUUGGCGCACUGCAUGCGCAAAAGUGCCGGCGUUCACGGCAAACAACACAUUUUUCCCCUCCUAUAUCUCCUCCCCCGAGCUGUCAAAAUAGAGGCGCUUACAAAGCGGAGAACGUCACAUCCCCUUGACCCUCCAAUCACCUCAGGGUCCCAUUUGAUUGGAAGGCGGCAAAGGCUUUAAUCUCAGACUAAUUCAGCUGCUUUUGAAGUGAAAAUUUCUACCAGUUCGUACUUCGGGAGUACAGAGGGAGGACCUGCAGACAGGCGCACACACGGCGCAGCGCUCAUGGUGCCAGACGCAGACGCGGAUCUGCGAUAACCUCGCGCCGUCUCCUUCCAGCUGCCGCGCCUUGCUCCUCUCCAGUCGGGAUUAUUACAGCAUUUUUCUGCUUUUAUUUUUUAUUUUCCUUCCUGCCAGUAGGCUCGGUUACUUCUCCUGAUUUUCUUAAUGAAUCUGGCGAAAGCAUCCCCAUCUCAUUUCCUGACAAUUGGGACAUGAUCACAUCGCCCUCGGCGUCUGCCCUGAAAAAUAGUGAAAUUUGUGCAGCGUGGGAAAGCAGCAGUCCUCGGAAUAGCAGCUCGGCGAGCAUCAACAAGCCUUUUCUCCACUCCGCACAUCCUUCUGACCCACUACGACAAGCGAAGCGACUUCACAUCAAGGUUUUGAAAAUGCUUACUGCACGGUCAGGACACAUUUUGCACCCGGAGUAUCUGCAGCCCUUGCCUUCUACUCCAGUUAGCCCCAUCGAGUUGGACGCUAAGAAAAGUCCGUUGGCUCUGCUGGCGCAGACCUGCUCUCAAAUCGGCAAACCGGACCCGCCGCCCUCUUCCAAAUUAUCCUCCGUUACACCAAAUGGAUCUAGUGAAAAGGAAUCUAAAUCGGGCCCUUUGAAACUAAGCGACAUUGGCGUGGAUGACAAGUCCAGCUUCAAACCUUACUCCAAACCCGCAGAUAAGAAGGACUCGUCUUCGGGCGUCUCAGGCGGAGAGAAGUCUGGUUUCCGAGUGCCGAGCGCCACCUGCCAGCCGUUCACGCCGCGGACAGGCAGCCCCAACUCCAGCACCUCUGCCUCUCCCAUGCCAUCAGAGGGAAAGUGCGGAGACAGAGAGGAAAAGAAAGAUUCUGACUGUAGUAAAAACGGCUCCGCGGACGGAUCUGGCACCACAAGCCACAGCAGGAUAAGCGUCAGCUGUGGUGGAAUUAACGUGGAGGUCAACCAGCACCAGGAGGCGACCCCUGGCACUAAAACCACCUCUUCCUCGGAGUCUUCAUCCGUAACUUCUGUAUCCUCUGCGUCCGUUCUCGGCUCAGGACUUGUGGCGCCAGUUUCUCCUUAUAAACCGGGACAAACAGUUUUUCCUUUGCCUCCAGCUGGCAUGACCUAUCCGGGCAGCUUGGCGGGGGCCUACGCUGGUUACCCUCAACACUUCCUGCCCCACGGAGGGAGCUUGGUAAACGCACAGCUGGCCAGCUCCCUGGGCUGCAGUAAAGCUGGCUCCAGCCCUUUGGCCGGAGCCUCCCCGCCGUCCAUUAUGUCAGCCAGCCUGUGCAGAGACCCUUACUGCCUCAGCUACCACUGUGCCAGUCACUUAGCGGGCGCAACCGGCGCGUCUUCCACGCACGACUCGGCAGCUGCGGCCGCCGCAAACGCCCUGAAAUCCAGCUACCCACUAAUGUACCCGACCCACCCCAUCCACGGGGUCCACUCCUCGGCGCCAUCAUUUAGCGGACACCCCCUGUACCCCUACGGCUUUAUGCUCCCCAACGACCCUCUCCCCCACGUUUGUAACUGGGUGUCUGCGAACGGACCGUGCGACAAGCGCUUCUCCUCCUCAGAGGAGCUCCUGAAUCACCUGAGGACACACACAGCUUUUACCGGCGCGGAGAAGUUGAUAUCCGGUUACCCCGGGUCCUCAUCGCUGGCCAGCGCUGCCGCGGCGGCCAUGGCCUGUCACAUGCACAUGCCACCGUCAGGAGCCCCAGGGAGCCCCGGGACUUUGGCUCUCAGGAGCCCGCACCACGCGUUAGGACUCAGCAGCCGCUAUCACCCCUACUCCAAAAGUCCCCUGCCAACUCCCGGUGCGCCUGUCCCAGUCCCCGCAGCCACCGGCCCAUACUACUCCCCUUACGCACUGUACGGCCAGAGACUCACCACAGCGUCUGCGCUGGGAUACCAGUGAGGAGGGAAAAGACUUUGAAAAGUUUAUAAUAUCAAGAAUGCAAAUAUUAAAACAAGAAAACUUUUACUUUAACUGCGCUAAACUUUAUGAGCAGGAUCCGUGGUCUUCAACUGUAUUUAUUUAUAUGUCGGCUUAAAAGCAGGCGGUAAACAGCUGCAUAUGGAAAAUAUUUGAGCAACUCAAAAAGUGCAUUUUGUUGAAACCGAACUGUCAGGAAAAAGUGGAAGAAAAAAAUCACGCAUAUGUUAGAGUACUGAUUAACGUAGGGGUCAUCAUUUCAUGUUGAUUUGAAAACUGCUAUGAUUGUAUUUGUUAUUAUUUAAAUGUCCCAUUGAGAGGAAAAAAAUAAUAAUUUACAUGCAUGUUUGUUUCUUAAAUUGAAAAAAAAAAUCGUCCACAUUUUAAAUUGCCGUUAUUUUUCAGGUGUACCUGAUAAAAAGAGAAUUGAUAUUUUUUUGUAUGUAUUCUGGAAAAAAAAAUAAGAAGCAAUUCUGUUCCAUAUUUCCGUGUGACUCAUUUUGUUUACCUGAAACAUAAAAGUCUAAACAUAUUUUUGUUGAGUUAUUGACGUAUACAAAAUCUAAUUUCUGUAUUUUGCAUCUUAAGUUUGGAAAAAAUGAAAAACAUUUCAAUUCGUCUAGACACGAAAACUGGCUUUAGUUCCAUUUGGAUAAAAAAAAACAAAAAACGCGAGCGUAAUUUAUUUCCAUGACGCACAAAUGACCUUCAGAUUGCAGUAAAUGCUAUGCUUUUUAGGAGGGCUCCUCAUGAUUUGGAUGAACAUUUUGCGCAAAUUGUUUUAAUUUAUACUAAAAAAUAAUUUAUUUAUAAUUUUAAAACGUACUUUUGAUUGCAAAAUUUGAAAAAGUAAAUUUUUUUUAUUUUCACCUUAAAAAAAUCUUGGCCUUUAAGCUAAAAUACUUAGAAAAAGUUUAGUUUUCUAUGGGCCCUCUGCAAAACCCGUAUGUGUUGUUACUAAGGAAAGUUUAAGUUUGAUUUCCUUUUUUUAAUGAAUGUCUGUGUUCUCAAACACCGCAAAAUCCAACGCACGCGCAUUUUUCAUUUCAGUACCUGUGAAAACUUUUGGGAUUUUUAAAAUUAUUAUUUUUUAUUGAGGACAUUAAACGCUCCACUUCGCUAUCGAGGUCAGACGCACGGAACAACUAUUUACGCAAGAUACAAAUCCAGGAAAAAUGCGCAAAUUACGCAUCACAAUUAUACAAAUUUAUUUAUAUUACUUUUGGAAGUUUUUUUUUUUUAAUUCUAGUGAUGAAUAUUUUUGAUCAUCAAUGAAUGGCCUUGAAAAUGAGAAUGAAAGCCGGAUCUAUCCUUGCUGGCUUUACAUGAACUUUAUCUCCAAGUGUCUCCUUGGAUCCAGCUGUUCUCCAGUUAUCAUCGUCAUUAUCACGACGAAUGUCUCCUCAGCUGCUGACCUUUCUGUCCGAUUGAAAAAAAAAAGAUGCAAAAAAAAAAAA